AUGGCUGAGUCCAUCUCGGAGGGCACGCUCAGCAGCUUCUCAAAACAAGUGGGCGAUUACGUCGAGCAAGAUGAGGAAAUUGCCUCGAUCGAAACAGACAAGAUCGAUGUCUCGGUCAAUGCUCCCGAAGCAGGCACGAUAAAAGAAUUCCUUGUCAGCGAGGGCGAUACUGUGACCGUCGGGCAAGAAAUCGCAAAGCUCGAGCCGGGCGAGGGAGGUGGUGGCGGUGCUAAGGAAGCAAAAGAAGAACCCAAGGAACCUGCCGAACCAGAGCCAAAGAAGGAAGAGCCCAAGAAGGAAGAACCCAAGGAGGAGCCCAAGAAGGAGGAGCCCAAAAAAGAAGCGCCGCCUCCACCGAAGAAGGAAGAGAAACCUGCUCCACCCAAGGAAGAGAAGAAGGCUCCUGCACCGCCCAAGGAAGAGAAGAAGACAGACGACAAAGCCGGUAUCGACUCGCCCUUUGGCAAAGGUAGCAGGAAUGAGAACAGGGUCAAAAUGAACCGCAUGCGGCUGCGGAUCGCCGAGCGCCUCAAGCAGUCACAGAACACCGCGGCCUCGUUGACCACAUUCAACGAGGUCGACAUGUCCAACAUUAUGGAAUUCCGCAAGAAGUACAAGGAUGAAGUCCUGAAGAACACCGGUGUCAAACUCGGCUUCAUGAGUGCUUUCGCAAAGGCCAGUAUUUUGGCCAUGAAGGACGUGCCUACCGUCAACGCCUCCAUCGAAGGACCUGGAGGUGGCGAUACAAUUGUCUACAGAGACUUUGUAGACAUCAGCGUUGCAGUGGCCACGCCCAAGGGCCUGGUCACGCCGGUGGUCCGAAAUGCAGAGAGCUUGGAGAUGAUCGGGAUCGAAGAAGCCAUUGCCGACUUAGGCAAGAAGGCCCGAGAUGGCAAGCUUACCAUUGAGGAUAUGGCUGGCGGUACAUUCACCAUCAGCAACGGAGGCGUCUUCGGCUCCAUGUUGGGAACUCCGAUCAUCAACUUACCCCAGACGGCUGUGCUCGGCCUGCAUGCCAUCAAGGAUAGAGCGGUGGUUGUCAACGGCAAGAUCGAAAUCCGACCCAUGAUGUACCUCGCACUUACUUAUGAUCAUCGUUUGCUGGACGGCAGAGAAGCGGUCACUUUCCUGGUGAAGAUCAAGGAAUACAUCGAAGAUCCGCGAAAGAUGCUGUUGGCAUGA